UUACAAAUCCCGACCAAGGCUCGCUCUUGGAGCUGAAUUUUAUGCUCCGUUCACGGACCUUCAAUUACAUCUUGGUUCCGCUGGCCAACCUCGCUGCUAUGUUUUACUUCAGGUUUGUUUCCGGUAGUUAAUACAUGGAGACCGUCUGUUCCGUCGAUUGCCUCGCAUGUUCGCAUCCUACGUCGGUCGGUUUCGUAUGAACCAUUGCGAGACAGCGACGUAGGGUUGGAGGCUCCGCGAGCGGAGCCAGACUUUAUGAUGGGGAUGCCCAGGGGAGGACGUCUGUUCCUGGCGACGUGCCUCUGCUCGUUCUUCGUUCUUGUUCUUUACUUCCAGAGCAUCACUAAACCAGAACCGGCUUUGAAGACUGGCAGCAGACCUGGGAAAAGUAGAAGAAGUCCUUUACAGACCCUUUACAAAGGAGACCAGAAGCAGCUGAAGCUGCCGGCAGCUCAGAAGUCCCUCCAAGGCCGCAGGAAGGUGUUGGACCAGGCAUGUCUGAGCCACACGAAGAAGCGCCGGGUGCUUUCGCCAGAGGAUCUCAAACACCUCAUUGUGGACGACAAACACGGCCUUAUUUACUGCUACGUACCCAAGGUAGCCUGCACCAACUGGAAGCGUGUGCUGAUGGUCCUCUCCAGUAAUGGCCGUUACUCCGACCCUCUCGCCAUCCCUGCUAACGAGGCCCAUGUGGCAGGUAACCUCCGCACGCUCUCUGAAUUCUCUGUGACGGAGAUAAACCAGCGCCUCCGCAGCUACCUCAAGUUCAUUUUUGUGCGGGAGCCCUUUGAGCGCCUCGUUUCAGCCUACCGCAACAAGUUCACACGUAGUUACAACACCGCCUUCCACAAGCGCUACGGAACCAAGAUCAUCCGCCGGCACCGGGCCAACCCUCAACCGGAAGCCCUGGAGAAAGGAAACGACGUCUCGUUCCAAGAGUUCAUCCAGUACCUGGUGGACCCCCGGACACAACGGGAGGAGCCUUUCAACGAGCACUGGGAGCGGGUGCACUCCCUCUGCCACCCCUGUCUGAUCCACUACGACGUGGUGGGGAAGUAUGAAACUCUGGAACCUGACGCUCAGGCUGUGCUAAGGCUAGCGGGGGUGGAGGGUAAAGUUCAGUUCCCAACGUCUGGCAAGAGCACCAGGACUGACGGCAACAUGGCAGCACGGUUCUUUAAGCACAUCAGCCCCUUUUAUCAGAAGAAACUGUUCAAUCUCUACCGCAUGGACUUCUUACUCUUUAACUACACCACACCAGAGUAUCUGAGGACUCGAUGACUAACAGAGACGAACGAGAGGAUGCCACGUCCCAUCCACACUUUAGAGUGAUGAUUAGUUUGCACGUCUCGGUUUCUGUUGAAACGACUGAUUCCUACUGAGUCCCUAAAGGGACAUAGAAGAAAUAAAGAAACAUUCUCAUGUGCACAAGAUACUAUCUGGUGCAUAUGAGAAAGUUUGUGUUUUUAUUUUUCUUCAGUGUCCCUUUGGGGGCUCCGUAGAUUCCUACCUGUUGGGGGAAACAAACACCAAUCUCUGACAGUUUCCAGACUGAUGUAGGCGAAUCACAAACUCUUACAAAGAGGUUAUUUUUUGUGACCGUUUGAUUUGACUCCAGUUGUCGUUGAGUCGGUGAAAAGCGCCUCACCAGCAUUCCUGCUGUGCCCACUACAGUGAUAAUCCUCUUGUAGAUUUCCUCUUUUAGGAGAAUCAAUGAGCCAUAAAUGAAAGCCGGUGUUUUCCAGAGGAGCCGGUUCUCCUCUUUUGCUGGCGAUUGUGCUGACUGUGAAGUUUUCCUCUAAUUGUUUCCGAGCUGUUAUGGAAAGCCUUAAUUUAUGUACGUAUGUCAGCACAGAGUAUUUAUUGUCGUGUGAAACGAGGUGUGAAAAUAAUUUAAAUGAAAGGACAAGAGGGUUUUUUUUUCUUUUUUUCUUUUUUUUACCAAAUGUUAGAGUUCAGAUUAAGAAAACGUUUUGGGUAUUUGGUAGUCUUCUUCAGUUCUGUGAAAUUCUCUACUCAGCAUCUUUCCUUGCCUGUAUUUAGCUCCGGGACUCUGGGGCUGAACAAACAAGCGCAUAGCUGUGGUCACGGCGGGGUCCGGCCCAGCGCUCCCCCGGUCAGAGCCGCCCUUGUUAGAGACGGCAUCGGCAGACGAAGGGUUAAAUCCACCUACAACCCUCUGCACUGCAGCGCCUUGUUUCAGCAAAAACGCCUUGGAAUUUCUGGAGGGAUAAUUUGGAGCUUACUAUUGGAAAACAGCUUCUUAAUGGGCUUUACUGUCUUCUGCACCCAAAAGAGGAAACUUUGACACAUUUGUGGCUUUUUCUGGAUCUGUAAGUUGGAUUUUACCGCACAUUAAAAAAAGAAAAGACUCCAAGUGUUUGACAAGUACAGUCAUCCGUCAUUGAGUUGCAUUGUGGGUAGUGUAGGCCCAAAGAAUCUGGAGAUUUUUGUUCUUUCUUACUUCAGCUGCUGAACCUCAACUUUAACUUUAAGAAAUGUUAUUUUUGUAUGAUUUGUUUUGGAAAACAAUUAAAGAACUGAAAGGUUCAGUAUGUAGGAUGAUGUUCUGUCUGUCCACAAGUGCAGGAAGUUAAAAAUGUUAAAACAUUUCAGUUUUUCUGUGCUAUUACAGCAACAGAUGGAUGUUAAGAGGAAGUGAGAGAUCAGCGUUGUUCUGUUGCUGCUUUUAGAACCAAUUCCUGACAGAGAACCAUUUUGAUGCAACGCCUCUUAAAACGUCUGUUAACUUUCUGUAGACAGUACCUUCAGGAUUUUUCAAUUUUUUGGGGUUUUUUUUGCAAUCAGUCAUUGAUUUUGCAGCUGUACUUAAGAAAUAUUUGCAGAUUCCUUCCAAAAUGUAAAUAUAGAAGAAAAAAAAGUUUUGUUCUUUGCAUAAAUAGCUUAUUUUUGUUACUCCCCACAUCGAUUACCAUCUGACUUUAGUAAGGCUGAAGCAGCAGUGUAGUAGAAGUAAGAAAUACUGCCACCUGCAGGUGGGAGUUAGCAUCACUUAAACCCAAUGUUUUUGACCAUUUUUACAAAAAAAAAAAAAACAAACAAAAAAAUUGCAACAAACUCACAAUUAUGCAUUGGUGUCAUUAACAGCCAGUUUCAGUACAGCAGGUUUGCUUUUGAGUAAAAUUCAUAAGACAGAGGUGAAAAAAAAAUCAAACAGCCUGAUUAUAUAAAGACAAAUAAUUGCUGUUUCUGCCAACAUUUUUAAUUGUAAGAAGAUUUUAUUUUGCCUGAUAAUUUUGCACAAAUUAAAAAUAGAAAGCCUCCAUCUUGUUUGUGAAAGUCA